CUCCUCACGAACCAUCUACUUACCCAUGCGCUCCCUCAGACAUCCGUGAAUCCUUCCCUUCUUUCCUCUCCAAGCUCAACAUUUCCGCCUCCUCGACGCCAUCUACGCUCGCCUCGAAACAAGAUACCGCCUUCAAGCCCGUGGACUUUGUGAAUUUUUGGGAAGCGCCGCGGUAUCUGUGA